AUGAGUAUUGGACAAGAUCUCGAAUACCACGAAAUGUAUGAUAGCGAAGAUGAUGAUGAUGAUUUUGUUGAGGUCAUGUUGGCUACAUCCUCUUUAACAAACGAUGCUCUCCUGGAGUCUGACUAUGAAAAUUCGGAGUCUGAAGAUGAAAGUUCGGAGUCCGACGAUGAAAGUUCGGAGUCCGACGAUGAAAGAUCGGAGGCCGACGAUGAAAGAUCGGAGGCCGACGAUGAAAGAUCGGAGUCCGACGAUGAAAGAUCGGAGUCCGACUAUGAAAGAUCGGAGUACGAUGAGGAAGAUACAACAAAAGUUUCAAGUGAAGUUCUCGACGAUAUACUCCUUCUUGAUGAGAAUGAAAGGGCAGAAAGGGCUGCAAACGAAAAUGAUUGGAUUAUAUUAAGAAAUCUACACUUUAUCCAAGAUUGUGACUGUAGCUGUGAGAGCUACAAUUGUUUCGAGAGUAAACAGAAUUUAGUUGGUAAGUAG